AAUGUUCUUUUCUGUGCAGAGGCCACAUCUGAUCUCAUAAUCUGUAAACUUAGUGACUGUACAAGUAGCGUGGCUGGAGGAAAGGAAAUCAUUCUGCUUUGUGAUAAGGUCACUAAAGAAGACAUCCAUGUUCGCUUCUUUGAGGUCAAGGAUGGAAUGGUAGAAUGGGAGGCAUUUGGUGAUUUCCAGGCUUCUGAUGUACACAAACAAGUGGCAAUCUCCUUCAAGACACCUAGAUAUAAGUCUCUUGAGAUAGAGAAUCCAGUUAAGGUUUAUGUGCAGCUACUGCGGCCAUCAGACAAGAGUACCAGUGAAUCUCGACCGUUCCAGUACCUGCCUCUUGAUUCAGAUCCGCAGUACCUUAAACGAAAAAUGGCUAAACUUGGCAACAAUGCAAAUACAGAGAAGAUUGGUAGAUUCAUUGCUGAAAACAUGGGAGCUGCAGUACAUGGAGAGAGGGUACUGGCUUCCAGCCAAGGAACCGGAGCUGUACCUCGACCUAUUAGAGUUGCUUCACGGCCAUCAAGACUCUCGGAUAAGAUCAAGAUGGAACCACCAGAUAUGCUGGGUUCACCUGUAUCUCCUGGAGGUCAAGUUUCCCCUGCACCUACAGGUGUGUUAGGUAGCCAUAUGGUGAAACCUCCAGUUUCACCUCAACAUUAUGGUGGAGGAACUAUGUAUACAGUUUCACCUCAAGCUCCCAGUCCCCUUGGACAGGGUGUCUACUAUACCCAACAUUCUCCAGUGCAUACUAGUAACUUUGGAGUACAUGUUGCACCUGCCUCUUGUACCAGUGCACCAAGAGUCCCAUCUCCACACCACCAGUAUUAUCUUAGUCCUGGUGCUCCUUAUUCUCCCGAAGCAUCAGUUGGUGAGUACACUUUGCAGGAAUAGAAUUGCUUACCUUUUUAAAUAUCUAUGUCAUGUUGC